CCCGCAACCAGCAAGCAAUCUAUCGCUCAGUUCCAGCUAUCGAUACGUCACCCGCAAGCUCAGCCCUUUGAUCAUCUCCCCGCUUUGUGUCGGUUUUGCAACACCAACUUCCCCAUCUACUGCUAAUCAGCUCCAGCUGACAGUACCUAAUCCGCACCGUCCUCAGCCCAUCCCCGAGCUGAAGCCAUAUCUCUUACCCCGCCCUACUACCACGCUUCCCUGUGCGACCCUCUUAGCACAGUGCCACCAUGGCCUCUUCCGACCUGGAUCAGCUCAUUGAAAUGGGCUUCGACAAAGAAAGAGCUGAAAUUGCAGUGGCCAAAGGCAACGGUCUGCAAGGUGCUUUAGAAUGGCUCGAAGAAAACCAAGACAAGUCCCUGGAGGAGAUUAAAGAAGCCGAAAGCGAGGAAGGUCCUGCGCUGAAGCCGGGAGAAGAAGCCCGCAGCUUGGUCUGCAACGAGUGCGGCAAGAAGUUCCGAAGCCAUGCGCAGGCCGAAUUUCACGCCUCCAAGUCCGGACACGUCGAUUUUUCAGAAUCCACAGAAGAGAUUGCAGCAUUGACUGAGGAGGAGAAGAAGGCCAGGCUCGAAGAGCUCAGGCAGAAACUAGCGGCGAAGCGGGCCGGGCAGUCGGAGCAGGAUAAGAUUGAUAAGAAGAGAAACGAGGAAAUCCGCAGAAAGAGCACCAAGGAAUCCCAGGAUAUCAAGGAAGAGCUCCAGAGGAAGCAGAUGCUGAAAGAAGCGGAACAGAAGAAGAAGGAGAAGCAAGCAGAUAUCGAAGCCAAGAAGCGCGUCAAGGCUAAGAUUGAGGCCGAUAGGGAAGAGCGACGCCUACGAGCUGAACGCGAAAGAGCAGAGCGUGCUGGCGUAGCACCCCCUGCUCCGCCACCAGCAGCUCCGGCAGCCACCACGUCUGGUCCCGUUGCUUCGAAGCCCGCCUCGGCCUACACGGAAACCCGGUUGAGAUUCCAAACCCCGAAGGGAAAUAUCAUGAAGACGCUCCCAGUGACCACGACAUUGUUCGAGGUGGCCACGGCUCUGCAACAGGAGCAUGGUGUUGAGGUGCGCAGCUUUGCGCAGAAUUUCCCUCGGAAGGUCUUCGACGCGGAAUUCUUCGGAGAGUCACUGAAGGAUCUUGGCCUUAUUCCUAGUGCAAGCCUUGUUGUUCAGUGAUUUAUCUACAUAUUUGCUUUUCAUGCUGGGGCGGAAAGAACAUCUAGAUAACGAUAUCUAUCAUACGAACAAGUCAGUGAUGAAGGGGGGCAGCGGUGAUGAAUUUCUGGGAGGGUGCCUAAAAGACAGGCUCAUGAAUGCCUGUUGUGGGCCGCCAAUGCUGAAUUAGUGCAGCGUGGCAGUUGGAUAGUAACCAAUAACCCAACUGUUCAAGAAGAG